ACUGCUCAUACCUGAUACACCCUGUAUACUCUCGAGUACUCAGCUACGCAUGGAACGACUCUGAAGGACUCUUACAUCAAGAUGCAAAAGGAAAACAUACAGUGGCAUAGAGAUAUUGCUAGCUACGUAUUGCAAUUGAAUGACAGUUUCAAAAACAUACUACUACUGGAUUUUGAGCCUAAUUCCAUUCAAACGGCAACAAUAGUUUUUCUUAUCGUGAAAAAUCUAAGCCUGGCUCAAGUGCUUCUCCUCAGUCAAUUUGUCGUAUUUCACCUCAGCAGGGUUUACAUUUAUUGCUACAGCUCCAACAUAUUGACUCAGAGAGGUCUCGAAAUCGGCAAUUUUUGGUUCAAUUUGAACUGGACCGAAUAUCCUGAGGACGUACGCAAAAAUAUCGUAAUGUGCAUUAUAAGGUCUCAAAAACCUUUGCACAUUUCUAUUGGAAAGUUUUACGAUAUUUCGUUGGAGACCUUUCUAACGGUAAAAGUUUCAGUUUUAUGUUAACUAGCUAAUGACCCGCU